AUGGCUCCUUGGGAUCACACCGAGGACCGUCAGCUCCUCCUCUCUGUCAUCUCCGUUGCCCAAGUCAACCCCAACUGGGAGGAAGUUGCUAAUCAGAUGGGCAAAACCAAGGAGGCUGUCCGGUAUGAUCGUUGUAAAUACUGCUACGAUCUUUGGCUCACGUGUCACUACAGCCAGCGCUUCGCCAAGCUCAAGAAGGGAGCCAGUGAGACCGCUACCACCGCCACCUCUGAUGACGGCACCGCUGCUCCCGCUGCUGUCGCUACCCCCACUCCUCGCAAGCGCAAGACCAAGGCCAAGAAGGCCGCUUCGGAUGACGACGAUGACGAUGAGGGCACCCCUCUGACCAAGAAGACCAAGAAGUUGAAGACGGUCGUCAAGGAAGAAGAUGAGGACGAGGCUGAGGCUUGA